GAGAGAAAGCGACCAAGCGAUCCUGUGCUUAAAAGUAGCCGGCCAACAUAUUUGCGCGUAAAAGUGGGUUUUGCGCGUUCUGUGCGCGCAGCUUAACAGAUUUAAAACACAUCUAAUGGGUUUUAUUAGUCAAAGACGAAGAACAGCGUCACUCCAGAGUCAUUGAGAUCUGUGGAGCAGUUCAAACGCGCCUAACUGAGUGCCUUAACCGACAAUGCUGCAGAUUAGCGGUUGAUACGCAGAAUGGAUUUGGCAUGGGCUAUCAUUCUUACUGACCUGGACGAAAUGUCGAAGCAAACGGUACAUUGACAGAAUUAUCUAUAAUGGAUAAAUGCUUUAAAUACCACAUCUAAAUGGAUUACUCAACUUUUUCAAUUUUUAAGUCAAUCCGUUGUUUUAAUAAUAGAAUGCGGAAUAUAAGACCGCAGGGUGUCUAAAUACGGGAAGUUACUCUGAGGAUUCCGCAAUGAGGAGACGAAAUGGAAUUGUGGCAGAUAUGGUGCGCUGCCAGACAAUACCAUGAGACGUUUUUGAUGGAGCUGUUUGAAACCGCAAAUUUUCACAAGGAAUUGUAAACACUUCGUGACGGUAUAACGUUUGGAUGUAACACGUUAUCAUUUUGGGCUGAAGUGAAUGAACACUUGUUCUGAAUAUUAAAUCAUAAUUCAUACACAUUUUGCCUGGACUAAAUUUAGCUGAUGCCAAGGGUGUGAAUAGAAGGAACUUUAAAGAUCUAUCCCGCCAUUGUGCCCUUGGGCAAGGCACUUAACUCUGACCUGCACUAGGGGCGCUGUAGCCUAUUGUCACUGACCGGUGCCUCUCAACGUGGGUCUCUUCACUUUGGAGCGUUGGCAAGGGCAGAAGACAACAAUCCUUUGAAGAGUCAUACAGCAAUGGAUUAUAUUGUUCUAUUCUUCUAUAGUGUUUUUCUUUCAUAGAAUACCGAAAUUGAAAAUGAACGCGUUCAAACUUAGGAAAGCCUUAGUAAAAGAAAUGGUUAAACGGUUUCCAUGGCUGGCCAACGUUACUCUUUAUGGCUGCCUGUUUGCCGGUGGUGACUUCGUCCAUCAGAUGAUUGCACAAAGAGAAGAGAUGGACUGGAAACAUACCAGAAAUGUUGCCAUAGUGGCCAUCAGCUUCCAUGGAAAUUUUAAUUAUUUUUGGUUGCGGGCUUUGGAAAGUCGGUUCCCUGGAAAAUCUCCUAGAAUGCUCUUCCGCAAACUGCUUCUGGACCAAAGUUUUGCGUCGCCCUUGGCAACUAGUGUCUUCUACACAGGGGUGAGUUUUUUGGAAAAUAAAGAGGACAUAUUCGAAGACUGGAGAGACAAGUUUAUCAACACAUAUAAGACUGGACUUAUGUACUGGCCUUUUAUGCAGUUCCUAAACUUCAUCCUGAUGCCUCUGUACCUGCGGACGGUCUUUAUGGGCUGCUGUGCAUUUCUGUGGGCCACCUUCCUGUGUUUCUCCCGUCAGAGUGGGGACGGCACGGCCGGUGUGGCCCUUGCCUUCUUCCUGUAUCCUAAACAAAGGCUGCAGGCCGCCCAAGAGGCCCUAAUCGCACUCAAGAAACAGAAAGAAGAGGAAGAAGAACAGCACAGCACAGAAAAAUAACUAAACCGGUUCAAUGUGAUUUGAUUCCAUUCAGAUGAAUCCAGUCACAGACAGCUGAACUGAUUUUAUUCAGUUGAAGAAAUAGAAAACGGAUAAGGACCCAGGCACUUAUAGCUGAACUAAAUUUGAUAUCAAUUCAGUUUUAACACAAAUGUAUUGACAACCCUCAGUGUCCCAUAGAACAACACAAGGAAAUAGUGUGGUUAGGGCUCACUGAAAACAUCAUGUGUUGAUAUCCUCAGGUUUAACAAGAAACACAGUUACGAAAUGUAGGCCAAAUGUAAAAGACACAACAGCCGUACCUCUCAGGAAUUACGUUCAUAUACAACUCAUUUGUAAAUCGUGGUAACGUUCAGUGUGAACAUAAAUUGGUGGAAUUACAUUCGCUAUCAACAUGUCAACCUUUGCUAUUGUUCCUUAAUGUCUCACUAUUACGUUUCUCCUUAAUGCGUCACUAUUAUGUUGGUCAUUAAGCUAAUCGAUUGAAAAGGAAAAACGCCUCGUUAUGAAUAACAUUUAUGGUUAAUGGUUAAGGUUUACUCAGGGUUAAGGUUAGGCAUCACAUUACUGAGGUUAGGGUUGGGAUGAAGGUGAUGGUAAGGCCGCAGUAACAGAAAACGCCUGUCUAAACAAUACAAUCCCACUACAAUAAAAUGGUCUCGCCUCCCAUUGGAAUCGAACUCACAACCAUCGGACUGAAAGUCGGCACGGUAACACCCACAUUGUCCCCAACCACCGCCGUAGCAAACAGUCACUCUAUUUAACUAUUCAUGCCGUCAUAAGUGCCCCUGGGGGCCGGCUUCUCAUGGUGGCUAAACGGCAGUGUUCAAAUGCUGACACUGAACGUAAUCGCGAGUCAUUAAGGACCAGUAGCACUGCUGAUAUGUUCAUACCGAAAACCAAAAUAGCUACAUAUUUAUGUAUUUCCUGCGAUGUUGGGUUAGAUACAAACACAUCCAGCAAAUACUAUGCAAGCCACAUGGACAGCCUGAAUUACCUCCCUGAGACUGAUUCAAUUCAGCACAACUUUAUCCCAUCAGGGGCAACCAAGUUUGUACAGUGACAGAACAUUACUCACAGACAAGACUCAAGAUUCUACCAGUAUAUAAGAGCCAUACAGUUUGUGAAAAAAUAACAAUUGCAGUUGUUUUGUAAAUUUCAGGUUUCUCUCAUUGUGAUAAAAAAGAAAUCAGAGACCUUGGGCCACAUCAUACCUAAGCUUCAUCUAGGAGGAGAGCUGAUCUGGAGGGGUGCCCCCCCUUUCCAUGUCAUCUUAUUUGUCUCCUAAAAGGCAGAACAGAUGCUAAAUCAGACCUCCUACACUGAACGGCUAAUAUGGACUGCCCCUGACGUUGUUUUUAAGUUCAACAUAUCAGUUUGGUUCUGAUAUCCGGGUGGUUCCUCAGGGUCUAUAAUAUUGUAUAAUAUUUAUGUCAGUUAAGUGGGUGUCCGUUCUAUGCUUUACAUUUUUUGUCCCAUUGGAUGCCUUUUGUUGGUGACAUGUCCAGGCCUAGAAGCAGUCAGGAUGAGUCAUGAGUCAAAUCUCAGGAGUUGGUUCCUUCUUACUAAUGGAUAAUGUGUGUCUGUGAAUGUGCUUUUCUGUGUGGGUGUGUGUGUGUGUGUAUGUGUGGGCAUGUGUGUUUGUGUGUGUAUGUGUGUAUGUGUCCGCUAAGGGGUAGCUUUCAGAUUGACCAUCUAAGGAUAAAGUGCUAUCCUGUCCUGUUACUUGAAAUGUAUUUACUCAUGUAUUUAUUUAUGUAUUAGCCUACAAGGUUACCAUCAACCUUGCUACCUUAUAGUAUAUCCUCCAACACGAGGUAUACCAUCAGUUUAGAAAUCCUGCUUGGAGGAUUUCCAGGAUUUUUCCAUAUGCCCUGCUGAUUCCAAGUAUUUUCCAACUUGGAUUUCUGGAAAACCUGGGAAUUUUCUAGAAAAUGACCACAAUUUUGCCAUGCUAAAAUCCAUCAUUGUAUGGCAGAUCGGCAGUAGUCUUUCGGUUAGGCAGGAAAUGCAGGAAUCCUCCAGCCAGAAUUUCAGAAAAACCUGGGAAAGGUGUUAUUAAUACAAAUACUGCUCAACAUAGCCAACCUAUGUGGACCCUUCCAUAGAGUUUUGUUUGGCUGUUGAAUAAAUAUGUUGUUUAAAAGAGUGAUUACCUUCAAGGUCAUGUCAUAUGUAAAUAAUAAUAUAAUAAUAAUUAUGUCCAUACAUCAUUUUAUGGUUUCCUUGAUGAAAAGUAACUGGUGGAUUGAUUAUAUUAAUCUACUCACUGAUAGAGGUUUCCUAAUCUGAAACCCUAUUGAAUUCUCAACCACAUUACUGCAAUGGAAUGCCUUACUGAGACCUAUACAGGGAAAUGCAGCAUCAAAUAGUGACCUGUGUUUACCCAAAUGUCAGAACUACUACAGCAGUCUGUGUGAGAGCAAACUGAUGUUGCGGAUAUUGUCACAAUAAUAUGAUUCAGUUUCAGAAAAGCUUUACUGUAAAAAGGUUGGUCUUAGUCGUUAGUACAUCACAGCUGUAGCAUGAUGUUGCAUGAACAUUGACUAGAGUCAGGGCUGACCACUGGGCAGUUCAUGCCAGAUGUGCUGUUCCAUUUUUAGACCAGUGGGUCUGUCUAACAACAUGAUCAUUAUUCAACAGAGAAUCAAGACGUAAAGGAAUAAAAUGGGAUGGUGUGGUAGAAAAGCCUGGGCCGACUUCUGAUCACAGUCCUUCCCCAGGAGCACAUCACUGACAAAGACUAUGACAUCUGGUUGUUGAGUUUGUGUGGCAAUUACAUUUGGCCAUUUCUUUUUGUCCACUUCAAUCUCUUCUUGGUUUUCACCUAGUCCCGACUAUUCCAUUGUCAAUGUUGUAUUGCCAAUAAGAAGCUAACAUGUUUGACUUAGUGUCUUUCUGCGUGUUGUCUCACCUCUACAUAUAAUAUAGCUGCUGUAUGACAGUAAUAUUGCCUGUUUCCAGGACAUUCCCAGUCACAACAUUGUUUCUCAACAACAUAGAAAUGUUAAACAAUCAUGAAGUGAAGUGUGUUGUUCAACAUUUGAAAGUCACUGGCAACCUGUCCCUGGCAACCUGUCCCUGACAUCCUGUUCCUGACAACCUGUCCCUGACAACUUGUCCCUGACAACCUGUCCCUGACAACCUGUCCCUGGCAACCUGUCCCUGACAACCUGUCCCUGACAACCUGUCCCUGGCAACCUGUCCCUGACAUCCUGUCCCUGACAACCUGUCCCUGGCAACCUGUCCCUGACAACUCUGUACCCUUAAGCUGUUGUGUAGUAGUGCAUUAGAAAGGAAAUAUGUUGCCAUGGCCCUGGUCAUAAGUAGCCCAUUAGAGGGAAUAGGAUACCAUUGGGAUGCUGGCUGUGCAUUUGUGACUGACAGAUGAAGAGGCGGAUUCGGAUUGGUUUAAUCUGAUACUGAUGGUGAUGACAUGCUGUCUUGGACCAACUUUUUUGUGCCAGGAAACCAAAUUCAUCAGGGACCCUUCAAAAUGCCACUCGAGUGAGAUAAAAAUAGCAUAAGGACUGUUACUAUGAUUUCAGACAAGUCUCUGAGUUUCGCUUGACAGAUUGUUCUGAACAUCUACACACUUUUUAUAAACUGAUUAGGUGUUGUUUAUGGACAGGUCUCAGCCAAGGUCCGCCAAGGUCCGUGACUUCUUCCUGUUCCUCUAGGUCAAAGGUCAGGUAUAUCCUUUUCAUUAUUUUGGUUAGUCCUGACACUGUCAACAGGCUGUUGCAUAUACUCUUUCUAGGCACACACACCCACAUACACAAGUAUGUUCUUAGAUAUAUACUAUUUAAAUGUGAUAAGACCAAAUCCAGUAUGAAAACUGCAAUAACCAUCCAAUGAAACAAAAUAUUAUUGUACGUUCCUUAUAUUAUAUAAUUUGAUUCUUACUAUAUUUAGAAAGUAUUUCAGUAAUUCUAACCUUCACCUGCUUUACUUUUGUUGGAUGGGAAAAAAUGUCUGUUCUGAAUGUUUUUUUCCCCCAUGUAUUAUGUUGGUACUAUAUAUUUAAGGCUAUGACCUCAAACUUGAGCACAACAAAGCAGUCUGUACCUAUUUUAAUCAAAAAUAUCAAAUCUAUACCUUUCUAAUACUAUUGGACAUUAAUUUGGUGAAUGAGGUCAGAGUUACCUAAGUACCCCUGCACUUGGCAGUUCAUGUAGAUCUGAAAGAUUUCCAAGCCAGUUGGAAAAUGGCAGUAAGUCUGUAGGCUUUUGGCAUUAACGUCAAUGCAUCACUAAAUAGAAUUUAGACUUAAAGAUCCUCUGUGAGAUUUUAAGCACCCAAAAUGAGUAUAACAUGACCAAGAUGAAUAUAAUAGAAUUUAUAAUAAUUUAAAAAAAAAUCUAUAUACAUAUGCAUUUUGGGCUAUUCAUAACAUGUCCUAAGAAAUGGGUGAUAUAGUGUAUAUUAGGAUGACAUAACACAAAAAAAUGACAACUUUAAUGGUUGUAAUUCAGGGACAAAUCUGAAUGCGUCAUGACAAGGAUGACAUGGAUGACAUGGACAUGGAUGACAUGGACAUGACAUGGAUGACAUGGAUGACAUGGACA